AUGGGACUCGGAAGCUUCUCUCUGCUUCUUCUGGCGAAAAUCUUUGAAGCUGGCUUGAAGCUUGAUCGAAGCGCCUACUUCUUCCCAGCCCCUGGAGAUUUGACUUUCAACCACACCACCAGCUGCCUCUGCCAGUGCGACUGUGGCGACGACAAGAGGGCGACCCCGUGGUAUCAGCUGCUCACAAGCUUCUUCCUCUGGAGCUCAGGUGGAGGCGUUCCGAAGCAGGUGAUGCCAUCGCCACCUCCCCGCGCCGACGCGGAAAGGGCCUUAUCACAAUGCCUUCCGGGCGAUAGGCUCGUCACCUGGUAUGAAGACGACGAUCUAUGGCACGAGCGAUUGUUGAUUUGGCCCAAGGACAGGCAAAGCUGGUGGGUUGCUACACCCGACGGCGAUAUGUACCUCGAACCAAUAGUUGGAGACGGCACCCUCGGUCCCCUUACUUUCCGGAUCAAAGGCGUCGACUUCACCUACUGGUCCAGGCUCACCAGGCCGGUGUACCGCUUCUCGGAAAGCGUCAGCGAUGAGGACUUCAAAGGCUGGAUCCGCGAGGCUCUGCAAGAGUUACGUGGGAUGGAGGGACCUAGCCCUGAGGUUCCUAGACAUGUGCGAAACAUGAAGGGGGAUGUUGUCGACGCGACGGCCUAUCUCGGAACCAUCUUGGUGCCCCGCAGGGUCGGGGCCAAGCGGCUUGUCACCGCCAGCCCUACAUCGAGCCCGGCGACUUCACACGAGUUUCCUGUCCUUUCUUCGACAGACAUGUGGGUUAUUGCCGACCCUCGAGGUGAACUUCAAAUCGGAGCCGAGCUGACCCCUUCGCCAGGAGACUUGUUCCUCGGCGGCAAAGAUGCUGCGUUUUUUCGGGCUGGCUUGUGGGUCAGGGGUGAGCUUGUAGAUAGAGCGUUGCUGGAUGCUUGGCAGCUUGAGCGCUUGAAACACCUGACGGGCAAGCCCCUUGUGGAUGCGGCCGCCGAGCGCCUCGGCAUCCGCCCGGACCCCGAAGACCCUCUGAAGAACCGUGCGGGCGAGGCCAGGGAGACCCCCGAGGUAAAGGACGAUGAUGAGUCCGAUGCCAGGACACUUUGGGUUGAGUUUGAUGACCAAGGUGACAGAUUCCGAGAAUGGAGGAAGGUUGUGUCCGACUCCGCGGCCCAUGCUUGGAAGGACUGGCCGCACCAAGGACCGGCGUCGCUCUUGCACACAAUGAAACAUUUCCAUCGGCAUGGAGGUGACCCUCGCUCUUGGCUACAGGCAUGGCUCCGGAAACAUCAUCUUGCUGAGACCGACAGGACGGCUCAUGAGGUCCGCUCGUUGGUGGAGGCAUUGUGGUUGGGAGGAUGCUACGACCAACUAAAUAUGCCGAGCCUAGCUUCGUUCGAAGCGAUCGGUCGACGACUUCAAACAAUCGUAGAAGCGUACUCCAAUGGAGCCAAUGGAGUUCCUGACUGGGGCCACGCGAGACUCUUCACUGGUGCGGUCUCGGCCGACGACGUCGUAUCGGCCGAGCUGCGGUCAUGGGCAGCAAGGCGUGGCAAAGAAGAAGUAGAACUCAUUGCCGCUCGCUCAAAGAUCAAGGACAUGCGCAAGCUCCUGACCGGCGCUGAGACCACGAGCUCGACCCUGGAUGAUGCGCUGCCGAAUCCCAAAGGGAAGCAGAAGGGUGGGCGCCUUCGCAAGCCGGAGGUGGACACGAAUGAGGCGGUACGGGCUCUCAAUUGGAUGGCUGGUGCCCCUCAGGAUCGUGGCGCUUUUUCGCCUUCCCGGCUUCAACAGGAGGCCCUCGAACAUGUGAAGGCGGCGUGUGUGGCUUCCCUUGAACUUCCCGAGGGCGCUACUUCCCCUUGUUCCCCGGAGGCAGCCUUUCGAGAGUUGCUCCGCGGCUCCUCGGUUUACGAGGCGGCCGGUUCAACCUUGGCGUCCUUCAGCCUUGACCGCGUCAGCUUGCCGGAAUCUGUUCAUGACUGUCCGCAGGUGACCGACCUGCUCUACGGCACCGACGCCCAUCAGUAUUUGGAGGACCCCGAGCGCAUGCUGAAACCAGCUGAAGACCACAGUGACAUUACCCCGUACUGGGACCCCUUGUUGAGGAAGAGCGUCCGACAUUACAAGUCACUCAUACAGCGUUUGCAUAAGAUCGGCUACUGCAGCUAUACUUUAACCCCAAAAGAACGAGCUGGCAUCUUCGUAGUCAAGAAGAGCGAUGGUGUGCGACAGAGGCUUAUCAUCGACGGGCGGAGGGCGAACUUCAGGUUCGCGACUCCACCUUCAGUGCGCCUUUGUUCCCCUGAAAGCUUUGCGAAGGCAGAGAUCACCUGGGAGGAUUUUGAUCACACUCUCUUCCCCGGCUUUGAGGCGCUCCCUGAGUUACAUGUGGGGCUCUCUGACAUUCGCGAUUGUUUUCACCGACUCAAACAACCACGUUGGCUGCAGGAAUUCUUUUGCUUCGAUCCCGUGCCCGCCAAGUGGGUCGGGCUCUCGGGUCAGGAGCUCGGGGGAACACAGCUCAAGCCAGAUGACCUUGUGUACCCUAUGCCGUCUUCAUUGCCCAUGGGUUGUUCAUGGAGUUUGUAUUUUGCCCAGACCAUCUCGGAGAAGUUGAUGGGCGAGGUCAAGGGCCUAGAACAGUCUUCCUUGCUUCGCGAUAGGGGACCCCCUCUGGUCAUCAAAGUUCCGAGAGAGUUGCUAGAAGGUCGGAGCGACCCUGGGCCUGGAGCAGGCAAACCUCGCCCGGAGGGUGAUCCCAGACAUUAUGUGUACGUAGACAACCUGGGGGUCUUGUCCAUGGACAGGUCCGUCGUGGAGUCCUCGCUCUCCUCGAUCACGGAGACAUUUGAGCAGCGAGGCCUGAAGCUCCACCCUGGUGAGGUCAAAUCACACAAAGUCGAUGCACUGGGGUGCCGUUUGUCCGGCAGGCAAUGCCGGGCCUCCUUGAAGCCGGCGCGGAUGUGGAGGCUCCGGCAGGGCAUCAGACACAUGCUAAAGAUGCGGUGUGUCUCGGGUCGUGUGUUGGAGGUUCUCAUCGGACACGCUACGUAUUGCUCCCUUCUCAACAGAUGCCUCAUGCCCAUUUUUCAUGCUACAUACAAGUUCAUCCGAAAACAUUAUGGAGAGAGGGUCACGCUGUGGGCGACCGUCCGCCGCGAGUUUGAGGUCUUUGCGGCUCUCCUCCCUCUGUGUUUUUCGGACUGGUCACGCGCCUGGAAUGGGUACAUCUCGGCUUCUGAUGCCUCGCUCACCGGAUUUGGGGUGUGCGGGCGAAGAAUAGAUCCUGAGAUUGCAGCCCAGGUUGGGAGAGUGCCGGAGCGAGAGCGUUUCCGGCGUUGCCCUUCGACAAGUGCACGCGCCUCUGCCCUCUCCGCUGCCUUGACAGAAAACGAGUCAGACAUGGACCAGGAAGUUGAAGCACUCCUUGAGGCGGGAUGGGAGGUCGACGCCAGCUUCGUUGAGGUCCCCCGUGCUUUGCUCAGGAAGUCAGACUGGGAGGUGAACCUGUAUGGAAAGUGGGCUUACCCGGACGACAUUCUGGUUCUAGAGGGACAUGCGCUGGUCAAGUCUUUGCAGAUGGAGCUGCCCGCUGCGGACCGCUUCAAGGCAAUCACGGCAGCUCUGGCAGCUCUCCCAGCGACGACAGAGACCUGUGCGCUGGAGCACACACUGCUUUGUGUCGUCGACGAAGAGCUGCAGCGACUUCGCGCGCAGAUGGAGAGUCGUGACGUGUCCUCUGAAGCGGCGGAGACGCUGGCAAAGGAGCUGAACCAGCUGGACACCCAGGCAACGGCACGCUGGGCGACGCUGCAGGCCAGUCAGGCCUCGCCGACCCCGUGA